UCUGGCUCUGGCAGCAGCCUCAGCUCCUCUUGCCCGUCUGUCGUCCCCAAGUGCAUCAACACCUGGCUGCCGGCCAACUGCAAGUCCAACAGCGACAGCAGCUGCUACUGCCCGUCCUCCAACUUCACCAACAACGUCAUCCAGUGCAUCCAGUCCUGGAGCGCUGACCAGUCCGAGGUCCAGUCCGCGCUGUCGUACUUCACCGGCAUCUGCAGCGGCUACGUCGGGACCAACCCGGCCAUUGUCAGCGCCAUCCCGUCGACCAUCACUCUCUCUCCUCCUACGCCAUCUGCGACUGGUAGCACGGGGGCUUCUGCCGGAUCGUCUGGCUCGACUGGCGCGACUGGCUCGACUGGCAGCACCGGUAGCACUGGCUCUGGUUCUGGCAGCACCGGCUCGACUGGCUCGACUGGCUCGACUGGCUCGUCUGGAUCGUCUGCUGGUUCGUCUGCCGGUUCUGCCGGAUCGUCUGGAGCGUCUGGAGCUUCGUCUGGAGCUUCUUCUGUCGCCGCUGGUUCUGGCUUUGCAGCUGGUUCUGGUGCCGGUGCUGUUACAACCCCGGCUCCUGCCCCUGCCGCCGCUGCUUCGGUGCCUUGCACGACCAUCGUGUACAAGUCGACCAGCUACACCGUGCCUCAGCUGGCCUUCACGACUGUGACGGAGGGAACGAGCGUGACUGUCGGUCUUGUGCCAGCUACCUCUGCCCCUGCUGCCGCCGCUGGUGCUGGUGCUGGUGCUGUUGCUGGUGCUGGUGCUGGUGUUGGCGCUGCUUCUGCUUCUGCUCGCCCCGCCGGCGUGGCUGCUGGACCGACGACGCUCGCCACCAGCGUCGCCGUGGCGCCGACUGGCGUCGCGCCUUCUGGCUCGGUGCCAUACGUGCCCAAGGCCUCGACCAGCCUGACUCCUUUCCUUGGCGCAGCGACGCCCUCGGCCUCGGCGGCGUCGAGCCUCUGGCUGGCAGCUGCAGCGGGCAUCGUGGGCAUGCUGUUUGCUCUCGUUUGA